UCACACACACAUACAUACACACAAACACACUGUUCAGGUUCACACUCGACUCGUGUUCACACACUGUUUGCCUGCCCUGGUGGACCGCUGGAAUUUUGGAAGCUUUACACAGAUUCACGGAUAAGUUUAUUCAGAAUCUGAUAGUUCAGUAACAGAAGGAGUGUGAGGUGUGAUGUGAGCUGAAUAACAGGAAGGGUGAUGAGGGUCGUGUGUGUUUGAGACAGAGGGACAGAAGAAGACACAAUGAAUCCUGUGAGGAAGGACAUGGAGCUGCUGAGCAACAGCAUGGCCACCUACGCUCACGUUAAAGAGAACACGGAGAGCUUUGCGCUCUACUUCAUGCUGGGCGUGUGUUUCGGUCUGCUCCUGGCUCUGACGCUCCUCAUCCUGGGCUUCGUCUGCAGGCCUAGAAGAAACGCAGUGAAGAAACCUUCCUCUUGUGACCAGAAAAGUCUCAAAGAAUCCAGCGAGGAAGACGAAGAGGAACGACUAGACAAGUGCGAUGAGGAAGGAGAGGAAGAGGUGCCCGACGUCACCGUAUCGCCUACGAGCGAGCAGAACCAAUCCAAUGGGACCGUCAGCGGCGUGAACGUCUUCUCCUCAGCCGACGAGCUGGAGAGGGCUCGCCGUUUAGAGGAGCGGGAACGCAUAGUCAGGGAAAUCUGGAGAAACGGACAGCCGGAUAUCCUGGCCUCCGGGACGGGUACGCUGGGACGUGUGCACUAUCGCUAGUGACGUGCAAAAGAUGCAUUUCAGAUGUUAUUCAUAUGAUUUACUGUACAGUGAGAAUUUUGCACUUAUUUUGGGACUAACAGUAAUAGUCUCAUAUUUUGUACACGUUUAAGAAUAAACCUUUUAUACCACAUGA